AUGCGACGCCAACACUCGAAUCAGGCCAAGGGUAAGGAGCCCGAGUCGCACGAGCACAAACACGAGCACGAGCACGGGGAUGACCAUUCGCAUUCGCACUCGAUAUUGGGUGCGCUAUCGCACACUCACGCGCCAGGGGAAGAGGGACAUGGUCACGGUGCAGAGCAGAUAGUCGAGGCUCUCCAGAGCUCAGGGGACAAGGGCAGCCGUAUCACCCUAAUUGGCCUCGGUGCGAAUGUGUGUCUGACCGCGACCAAGGGUGCCGCAGGCUGGUACAUGAACUCCGCGUCACUUCUCGCAGAUGCAGGGCAUGGAUUAAGUGACUUAGUCGGUGACUUCGUGACCCUCUUCUGCUGGAAGCUCUCCCGGAAACCGCCAUCAGAGCGUUAUCCGUACGGCUUCGGCAAGUUCGAGGUCCUUGGAACAGUAACUGUCUCACUACUCUUGACCGGUGGCGCUCUUGGGAUCGGCUUCCACUCGUGGUCCUUGCUCACUGACGCUCUGGCGCAGACGGCGACGACGCUCCCCGCAGGCACGCUGCACGACGUCGUCGCGGGUGUCGUAGAGGCGGCGCACAGCGUCCCCGUCGUCGCGUCAGAGCACGGGCACGUACAUUCGCACGCCCAUUCGCUUGACCCGAAUGCGGCGUGGUUUGCGGCGCUGGGCGUGGUCGCGAAGGAGAUGCUGUACCGUGCCACGAAGCGUGUCGCGGAAGAGGAGCACAGCCCGGUGCUGAACGCGAACGCGCUACACCACCGCAGCGAUGCGUACUCGAGCCUCGUCGCGCUCAUCGCCAUCCUAGGCAGCUGGUGGUUCCCUCACCUACCGUUGGAUCCGAUUGGAGGUCUUGUCGUCUCUGUGCUCAUCGUCCGUCAAAGCUGGAGCAUCUUGUUGGGUGCGUUCCACCAACUCACGGAUGGGAGCGUUUCCCCGAAAACACGGAAAGCCCUUGCAGAGGCUCUCAGUCCUCUCCUCUCUGCGCCUGCCCUCCCAGCGUCGUCAUCACCACUGACACCGCCCAGCGCCGAGCAGCUGCUGGCGAUCCGAGAUCUGCGCGCCAAGCGCGCAGGUGCACUAAUGUUCGUCGACCUGACAGUGGAAGUUCCGCGCACGCUGAGCGUGGCGCAGACGAGCACGCUGGAAGGGAAGAUUGCACGGACAUUAAAAGAUGCGAGGAAGGAGGUUGCGGAGGUGCAGGUACGGUUCCGGCCAGCUGCGGAGAAUCGGUGA